AUGGCUUGGGAGGAUGUUUUUGAUGAAAAUAAAGAAGAAAUACCUCUCAAGCUGGCCAAGAGUCUGGCCGCCUGUAGCUUAGGGUGCAAUCAGGAACUUGUCCGAAAUGCAUCAAAGCUCGUCACUACGUGGUGGACAGAGAGGACAUCAACGAUCAGGGAGAGUCAAAAUCAGAACCAAAACCAAGGUCAGAACGUUGCUGCGCCGCCGUUCAAGUUACUCACUCGUGUGACACCCCAGGAUGUCGACACUACGAAUGGACCUCGUACAGGAGGGAUGAUAACCAUUGGCAGUCCCAAAGUCCCAGCUUACAACAAUACCCUUAUGGCCAUGGUCAACCCUAUCAAUUCAAUACCUAUCCAACUCCGCAGCAGCAGCAACAGCAACAACAAUCACAGCAACCUCCCACAAGAGGAAGGGAGCAACUAG